GACUCCGAUCAGCUGACCAGCAGCAGGCGGAACCAAAUGAAAACAUGGUGGUGUUACUGAACAGGUUACCAGCAACAGACUGUCUGAAAUUGUGUCACAGGGUGGUGGAUGGACUGUGUGGGCGGGAGCCUCCUCGCAGGGCAGAUUACAGCACCACCUGGAGCCUGGAGGAGUGGCUGGAGCUGCUCAACUCCCUGACUGCCCUGUUCCGCCUGGCAGUGGGGAGCAACAGCUCUGAUGAAGAGGUGCUGGCAGGGCUGUCAGAUGUGGGCAGCAGCCAUGCUGAGGCUGUGCUGAAUGUGCUGAGAGCCAGACAGGAGGAGAUCCGCGACGCUCUGCUGGACAGAACCAACUCCAUCUCCUCUGCCACUCUGCAGGACUUUGACUGGCAACUUAAGUUAGCUCUGUCCAGUGAUAAGAUCUCGUCUCUCAACACUCCUCUGCUCAGUCUCAGUCUGGAUGUGAGAGAGAACAGAGCCCUUCGGACCGUCACCAUGGAGAUGAACAGAGAGGAGUUAAACACACUCAUCAGUUCACUAGAGGCUGCUAAUAAGGUGGUGCUGCAGCUGAAAUGAUGGAAAGAUUGUGGACCACUGAUCCCAUUUAAACUCAUCUAAAGAACUUCUCUGCCUUGAUGGAGAUAGUUUUUUAGACAUCAUGACGUACUAUAUGUAUUUGAGCAGUUGAACACUGAUAACUGGCCAUUUGUUUUUGCAAUGCACUGUGUUAUAUCGUGAACAUGUCAAAGUAAACGUUUCUUUACCUUUUGA